AUGCGCAAGUGCCCCACCACGACCACGACUACUGCCCUUGGGCUGCGCUUUGCCCGGCGUUCCCCCAGCAGCGGGCUCCUCACCGCCCGCCGGCUCUUCCCCUCGUCCGGCGCCUACCGCUCGCAACUACGACCGGCUGCCGUUGCCGGGUGGAGAGGCAUGUCCACCACCGGUCAUGGACCGGCGGCACCUGACACGAAGGACGAACAGCAGCCGCUCGGCGCCACCACAACUCCGCCGCCAGCCAUAGCGCCAGAGGCGGAGGCAGCGCCGGCUGCCGUGGCAGCAGCUCCCAAGUGGCAGACCCUGAUGGCCAAGGCCAAGGAACUGGCGCGCGGGAUCAAGGACGGCACGGUGGAGCUCUACCGCAACGUCAAGCACACGCGCCGCCUCAGGGCGGUGGUCCGCGAGAGGGGCAUCGACGCGCUGACCAGGCGGGAAAUACGCCUCAUGAACCGGACGCGAGAGGACCUCAAAGCCCUCGUCCCCUUCCUAAUCCUCGAGAUCGUGUUGCCGGAGGCGACCCCGUUCGUGGUGAUGCUGUUUCCGGGGAUACUGCCGUCCCCCUACCAGCGCCUCAUCCCGCAGCAGAAGCGGAAGGAGCGGGAGCGGAAGCGCACGGUGGAGGCCCUGGAGCAGAUGCGCAGCGAGCUUCACGCGCUCGGCGGCCAACGGCCGAUCAACUUCACCGAUUCGAGCUUGGAUGACCUGGUGGCCUCUCUGCAGCGGGACGAAUCGGGCCUCCGCGAGAAGCUGGAGGUGGCCAGCCUGCCCGACGGAAUGGUCGAGGCCAUGACGCGCUACACGUCCGUAUGGAGCCGCUUCAGAACGCAAAACGGCCUACGCAGCUCCCUGCAGCGCAAGCUCGACGCUCUGCGCAAAGACGACGAGCUGAUCGCGAAGGAGGGAGGCAUUGACUCGCUUUCCGAGGAGGAGAAGGAGGAGGCCUACUACGAACGCCGCAUCGGCCUGGCCGCCACGAGCCCGGCGUCCCCGGCAGCAACGGUGGAGCCGUCAUCAGCCGUCGGCCCCACCGACCCAGACAGGGAGCGACACCUGCGCGAGUGGCUCCACCUCUCUGCGGCCAUACGGGACUGCCGCGAGCAACACCGGGCCACAGUGCCCGACACGUCCCUUCUUCUCCUGGCCCUCCGGCACUGA